AUUUCUGCUGCCAGUCACCCAUGCGCAACUGUCAUCGUCAGCCCUUGCUGCUGCCUGGAGAUUUGGUUUGGUUCUCUCCCUUGUUCCCUUCUCAUCCCUCCCACCAACCAACCCAAUUCCACCAGGCGUUGCACUGCGACAACUGCCUUCGUGACGCGGUCCGAUUCUCUCGCCGGGGCACUCACAGCAAUCCCUCACACUCAUCCCGCUGCAAGUAGUGCUGGCGAGCAAAUUCGGAAUUGCCAUGUCCCCCCACAGGAAAGCGGGUCAUUAUCGAAGUAUAUAAACCCAGUCGAGCGAGCUCUUUUCAUCAUCACCGGAUCCAGUUCCAAAGCUCGAGAGCACCGAGCUCUUGAGAUCUUCACCUUGAGCUUCUCAAAGCUUCAGUUUCAGGCUUCAGUCUCGAGCUCCGCAUCAACCACCAUGGCGACUCCUUCCCGCAUCUCCGCGCUCCCCUGCGUCCUCCUCGCGCUGGUCCUCCUCUCCGCCGCGUCCCUCCCCUCCCCCGCCUCCGCCUACCGCGCGCGGAUGCUCCUCUCCCCCGCGCCCGCGCCCGCGCCAGAGCCCGACGCGAGUGGCAGCAUGGAGGGCAUGCUCACGGUCGCUCCCGACUGGCCGGUCUCCAACGCAUCGCUCAACGCCGCUGCGAUCGCAGCGACCGUCGAUCCCAACGUCAACGACACGUACGCGCCGGCGGAUCCUCUCCUCUUCGAGCCGUCCCCGCCGCCGUACGUGGCGCUGAACGAGGUGAUGGACCCCGUCGACAUCGGGGCGGCGCUGGACCAGAUCGACGCGCGCGCCGUGGCGUUCUCGUCGCUGAUUGAGAACGUGGCGCUGCCCGCGGAUGCGCCGGAGGAGGUGUCUAACUGGACCACCACGCUCGCCACCGAUCCUGGCUACGCCGGCUACCCGUACAAGAAGCCCCGGUACCACCCGAUCUACGGCCUGGCGGUGAAGAAGGCCAACGGCAAGUGGUACACGUACAUCAACAACCAGCUCUCCUGGCCCGGUGUCGACGAUUGGGCCACCGGCUUCAAGACUUGCCGCUUCACUGUGCCUGACCCCAUCUUCGGCUUCAACUGCACCGAGGAUGCGACCUGCCCUGGGUGCCCCUACUGCCGCGCACAGCAGUGCUUCUUCAACCGCCACUGGCCCACGUACCGCAACCCGCAGCCCGACGGCACCAUCCCGGGGCAGAUGUACUGGCAGCGCCUCAUUGACGCUGCCAUCAACCCCAAGGGGUAUGGUGUGUGCCGUUACGCUGGAACUGCGCAAGACCAGGGGUGCUACUGAGGAGCUUCUGGUUGUUUGUUGGUGCGAUGCUGGGUGAAUCGUUCAGGAUGACGUGCAGCAAGAGCAUUGGUGUUACUGAAGCCAGGAGGGAGGGGAGAGUGGAGGGAGUAGUAUGUUGAGGUGGGAAGGAUCGAUGCUAUGUGGCUAGGUUGAGGAGGUUAUGAGAUUGCAAUGCUGUCUUGGUGCGGGGGGUGUGUGCAAUAAAUGAUGAUUGAAAUGCAACAGUUUAUAU